AUGUGCAAAACGGCAACUGACUGCCGUGUCUUUGUAUCACAGGUGCUAUUUCAGUGGAACAUUUCACUCUCAGGUAUAAAAAUCCAAAAAUGUCAACAACGAUAUUAUGAAAAGAAGGAAAAUGUAGUUUGUGUAUGCAAUGCGACAUACUGUGAUGAAAUACCGGAAGUGGGUAAUUUGCAACCGUUGCAGGCAGCCAUCUAUCAAACGGAUCAAUAUGGGAAGCGUUUCGAGCGUACUGUUUCUUCGUUCACGGAAACGACAAAUGAAACUGGAAUCAUUCGGUUAAAAAUUGAUAGUCGGAUACGGUUUCAAACAAUAAUUGGAUUUGGUGGAGCAUUUACUGAUGCAGCUGGUAUUAAUAUCAAUUCACUGAGUGAAUCAACUCGAACCAAUUUAUUGAAGUCCUAUUUUGGAAGUACAGGUAUACAAUAUACGAUUGGUAGAGUACCGAUUGCAAGUACCGAUUUCUCAACUCAUGCAUACUCAUAUGAUGACUCACCGAAUGAUUUUACUCUUAGUAAUUUCUCAUUGGCUGAUGAAGAUUUCAAAUUCAAAAUUCCUUAUAUCAAGCAAGCAGUAAACUUAACAGGUGGUGUACUGAAAUUAUUUGCUUCUCCAUGGUCAGCACCAGGAUGGAUGAAAACGAGUGGACAAAUGAUUGGUGGUGGAGCAUUACGUGGACUAUCUAAUGGACCAUAUCAUGUAACGUGGGCUAAUCACUAUGUAAAAUUUCUUGAAGCAUACAAAAAUAAUGGUGUAAUAUUUUGGGGACUUACUGUUCAAAAUGAACCGGUUGCUGGUGCUGAUUUGUCAUAUAAAUGGCAAGCAAUGUAUUUUAGCCCCAAAACUGAACGUGAUUUUAUAAAAAAUCAUCUUGGUCCAGCGUUACGAAAAAGUAACGUGGGUCGGAAUAUAUCAUUAAUGAUAAUGGAUGAUCAGCGAACACAACUACCGAUUUGGGCUGAUGUGGUUCUUAAAGAUAAGGAAGCCGCUCAAUAUGUGUCUGGUAUAGCGGUCCAUUGGUAUAACGAUUUCGUGCCAGCAUGUACUGGAUUCAAGCCUUUUGAACAUAGGCCAAUUCUGGGAGAUUGGUCACGCGGUGAUAUGUAUGCUCAUGAUAUCAUUCAGGAUCUUUCUCACUGGGUGUCUGGAUGGACUGAUUGGAAUCUUUGUCUUGAUUUGAAAGGUGGACCAAACUUUGCUAAGAAUUAUGUAGAUGCUCCAAUAAUAGUAAAUGCAACUGCUGAUGAAUUUUACAAACAACCUAUGUUUUAUAUUAUGGGACAUUUCAGUAAAUUCAUUCCACCGGGUUCAGCUCGAAUUGAAUUGCAUUUUUACGUGAAGCCGAUUUCAUAUGAAGGAGUUGCAUUUGUUACUCCAACAUAUCAACGAGUUUUGAUACUUUUAAAUCGUAAUAAUAAAUCGGUGACAUUUUCGAUCGAAGAGAGAGCUAAAGAUGGCUUAGCCCUUCGCAUAAAACUGAAACCGAAAAGUAUUGCAACUGCUGUUUGGAAUAAAUAG